AUGGCGAAAACAAAAACGUCAUCAUCAUCGUCGUUGUCGCUACUGGCGUCGUUAUCAUCGUCGACGUCAUCGUCAUCGCUGCUUGCCGGAAGUCAGGUGAUCGCUCUGGCCCCGCAUCAGAUCGUUUCCUUCAUCAAUGCACAGGAACUGGCGAACAGUCAGCAAGCCUUCUACCAAACGAGGUACGCUACGUCAUCAGCAGCUGCAGCCGUAGCUGCAGUAGCGACCGGCAACAGCAAUGACGCGUGGACAGCAGCUGGAUCGCCUUUGGGGUCAACUCAACUACUGCAGCCCACCCAUCACCAUCCAGGUACAUCCCUACUGAUGGGGCACCAGUUAAUUUCAUCCGGAUCCAUGCCUCCGGACUUUUUAGGACAAGUACCCCAGGCCCACAUUGUCGCUCACGUCGCACCGACUGCUCUUGCUGCAACCGCUUACGUGCAGGCUCAAAUCCCAUCAAUGCUCCACAACGGUAGCUCCCUACAAUGUUACGACAUCUCAACGCAUUCACCGGCUGUUGCUACCAAUUACAACAACAACAACAGCAACAACAACAGCAACAUGCAUCAUCAACAACAACAACAACAUCAACAGCAGAACAACAGCAACAACAACCCACUAGCAAGUGCAUUGCCUUGUUCUGCCUUCAUCCUGGCUAGCUUCGGUCCGCUAUGCCAGGAGGGGCAAUUCAAAGAUCUUUAUUCAUGCAGCCGCCUUAGAAGACAGAGCAAAUCAAACUGUUCCACCGGUCCUACCAUCGUUGAAUGUACAGUUGAUGACGACCCGCAUAGAUUUCAUCCAUACAAGCCGACCGAGUUGAUGGCAAGAAAGAAUCUUGAUGAAGAUUUGAGGGGGAUCAGCGUCGGGCAUGACUUGACAAAGGAGCAGAGAAACAAGACAUAA